GCUGCAAAAUUUUUUAUUUUAAGAGUGCUUUCGCCCAAGGCACUAAUAUUCUACUACCUAAAGUACCACGUCAUGAAAAUGCCACAUGGUGGUGUUAUGUCAAAUCCACGGAUAUUCCCAGGGGACAGAAUUUUAGAGACAGGAGAAAUUAUUCCACCCCUGAAAGAAGAACCCGAUGAGCACCACUGA